CUCUGGCUGGCUGCAGUUCUCGUCUGCAGGACGACACAAGAACAACACGGCCAUCAGUCUCAAAGAAAGGGCAGGGGAAGCCUGAAAGCGCAACCAAACCAAUCGCAUCUCCCACUCGAAGAAGGCAGGCAUCCAAAAGACCUACUGUCCGUCAGUAGUACAUACGUCCGUACGUAGAGUAGAGACCAAAACAAGCAAGCGUUUAUUUUGUGCUCGUUUACGUUUAGUUGUGUGUGAUCAAUUAGCCAGCCGCCGCUGCCGCGGCGUCCGCGUCCUCCUAUAUCAGCCCCGCCUCCCUUCCUUUGCAGCAGCAACCUCCCUUCCUUUCCCUUCCCCACCCCUCCUGCUGCAGUCUCUCCUCCUCAGCGGACCCGGUCCUGGAUGGCCGCCUUCUUCGCUGCUGCUCCGCCGCCGGCGGCGGGUGCUCUCGCGUCGUUCCACCACGAGGAGCAGCAGCGUCAGGACGCCGCCGAGGAGCUGUACCACGUGGACGACGACGUCGGCGAGGGCGGCUGCGGCGCAGGACAGCAGGGGAAGCUGUGCGCCAGGGGCCACUGGCGCCCCGCCGAGGACGCCAAGCUCAAGGAGCUCGUCGCGCAGUACGGGCCCCAGAACUGGAACCUCAUCGCCGAGAGGCUGGACGGCAGAUCAGGGAAGAGCUGCCGCCUGCGGUGGUUCAACCAGCUGGACCCGCGGAUCAACCGCCGGGCCUUCUCCGGCGAGGAGGAGGAGCGGCUGCUGGCGGCGCACCGCGCGUACGGCAACAAGUGGGCGCUCAUCGCGCGCCUCUUCCCCGGCCGCACCGACAACGCCGUCAAGAACCACUGGCACGUCCUCAUGGCGCGCAAGCAGCGGGAGCACACCGGCGCGCUCCGCCGGCGCAAACCCUCGUCCUCGCCGGACCCGGCGCCGCCGACGUCGCACUUGGCGCCCGUCGUCGUCCUCCACCACCACCACCACCAGCACCACGCCGGCUCGCCUCCGCGCACCGUCGCCGCCGCUCACGCGCAGUACACGGCAGCGGACACCCGCGCGCACAGCGGCGGCGAGUCCGACGAGACCGCGUCCACCUGCACCACCGACCUGUCCCUCGGCUCCGCCGCCGCCCCCUGCUUCUACCAGAGUGGUACGUACGUACAACGGCACGGCAAAUGCUUUGCUCUGUCAGUCUCUCUGAUGGUGACGGCCUGGCGUGCUCACAACACAUGUCCUACGUACGUGCGUUCGUCCCGCAGGCUACGACGCGGCUCCGCGCGCCGCGGCGUUCGCGCCCAGCGCGCGCUCCGCCUUCUCCGCGCCGCCGGCGUCGGCGCGCCAUGGCGAGUCACGCUCCGACGACAAGGCGUCGCCGCCCUUCUUCGACUUCCUCGGCGUCGGCGCGGCAUGAUCGGGGAGGGGGGCCCCCCGCGGCGGUGUACAGGAGGCGGGCCGAAAGACGCGUAGUUUAGCUUUAGGGUCCAGUUAAUGAUCAAGAACAUGGCCUGAGAGAGGAGAAAGAAUGGUGAUGGAACUGCAGAGUACUAACAAAUUCCUCAUCGAUUUUUUUUUGCCGCUGACGUUGCUAGUAACAGUAUGGCGAUUUGACUGCUCGGCUUGGGUUGGGACUUGGGAGACGAGUUGCAAGCGCUACUACACCAAGGGCAAGCGUGGGAGAUUGACAUGGAUGAAGGAAAGAAACCGCUUGCGAGUUGCGACACAAACUGCAAGGCGAAGGCAGAUCAGAUCCUCUGCUGCCUUGCCUCUUCUGUUCACACCCUCUCUCUCUCUCUCUAUAUAUAUAUUCUUUUCAUGCGCCGUUCUGUUCUGGUCUAGGAUAUUUAUUUAUUUCUCGCCUUUCUUUUUCCUUUCUUUCUUUUUCCUCUCACUUCUCUUCCCCUUUGCAUGAAGAAGAAGAAGAAACCAGGAACCAGUUCCCUGCAUUGCAGUGCCA